CGCGAAGUUAAUCCGCGUGCCGAAGCGUAUCGAGGGUAACGUAACAUUAUUACCCUCGUUUAACCUUCAAACUAAUAAGUAGGAUACGAUGUAUAAAAUUUCAUAUUGUUAAAAAAAAUAAAGUAUUACGAUAAUUAUAAUGUCUAUAUUUAUUAAAAUUAAUUACGCAAAAAUAUAUGAUCUCAAUUUACCUAGGCAACUAUUUUAACCGCGCACUGGUCAUCUAAUAGUAAUACGCUGCAUAGAAGCAUAGAUAAAAAAUAUUUAUUAUCACAGCCGCAAUAAUUCAUAAAAGCUCUUAUUUGUUUCUAGUUUAAAAAUAUAAAUUCUGGAAAAUACAAAGAUUUUUUUAAUCUAAUUUGUAGAAAUAGAAAGGUGGUCGUAAAUCUUUUUGAUGAAUUCAGGUAUUACGAUUUGUAGUUACGUCACUGCAGUGGCGUGCUUUAGGGCGUUGAAACGGGGAGAAAAGGACCAAAUACCGAUCGAUGCAUUGAGGCGCCAGGCCCUGAGCUCAGCCCCGUUUCGUUCCAUCACCCUUACCCCGGUAUGCCCUGCAGCAAACCUGCCCUCCGGGCUUUCCUCUUUAGUAUGCAGUUGCGCAUCAACUUCUUCACGGUGUAGAGUUGCGUUUGGUCUUGCUGUACUUUUAACAUUUCUACGAUCGGUGACUUGAAUUUCUUUUUUUGUUGUGACGCGACGCGAAUCGAUCCCGGAAACGUGUAUAUUCCGCAGGAAUCUCUUUGCAAACGAUACUUUCAUUUUUUGUGAAAUUGUUGUCGGGGGUGAUUAUGCAUAGCGGUGUGAAUCUUUAUUAUAUUUAUUAUUAUUGUCACUAGUUGCAGUUCCGAUAUGACUGUAUCAUUUUUUAGACACGUAAUUCUUUAAGUACGAACUGAUUUUUUGCUAUUAUCGAUUCAAAACUACGUUGUCGAGCUUGCUAUUGUGAUGUUCAACUUACUGACAGAUGAUUAUGGAGAUAGCUGAUGCCGGCGGUGGUCUUAAACAUUUCCGUAUAAUUACUCUAGUUCUAUUGAUAUUUCUAUUGAAGUGGACAGACCGCGUGGCAGCUGGCGAUUGCGGUCUGGCCGAGUUAACUUGUCGAGACGGACAUUGUGUGCCGAUUGAUGCAUACUGCAACGGUCGAAAUGAUUGUGGAGAUUACAGCGAUGAGCCAGUUAUGUGCACCCCCUGCAACCGUACUUAUCACGGCCGAGAAGGACGUACGUACAAAUUGGAUCUUCCGAGACCUGCCGAAGAGCGUCUACCAUUCCUUUGUCAUUUAACGUUCACCGCUGCUGGUCAAGGAUAUGGAGAAUUGGUGCAAUUGUUAUGGGAUGCAUUCAGCAUAGGCAGGGUAGAUACGAACACUGAUAACUUUGCAGCGAGCUGUCCAGAGGGAUCAUUGCAGUUAGCUGAAUUAGGUAGACAUUUCACUGGUGGCUCUUGGUGUGGAGUUGGUGAAGGGAAAGCUUCCUAUUAUAGCGAGACCAGUACUGUAACAGCUUCUAUAAGAUUAUUCCAUGCUCCCCCAACUGUACCAUUCAGGUUUUAUCUACGAUAUAAAUUCGUAGCACGCAAUGAAGCUGUUGCUAGAUUAGGAAAACCUGAACUUCCCAUUGAAAGGGGCUCUCCAGUACCUGGGACUUAUUGUUCAAGAAAUUUUUAUGAAUGUCACUUGAAGCAGUGCAGAUUACAAAGCCCAAAUUAUCCUGGAGAGUAUCCUAGAAAUGCCAGUUGUUUAAUCACCAUAAGGCAGAAAGAGGUGCCCACAUGUAAGCAUGCCAUGAUUUAUGUGAAGUCUACCCCAUCUGGUCCAGCUGGUAUAACAACUGCUAACAAUACUUUAAGCGUAUGGCAGGAUUGUCCUCCAGAGAAGGACCGUCUUAUCUUUCGCGAUGGUGUUCGACCGGAAGAUCCAAUUUUAUUGAUAUACUGUGGGGGACCUUUACCAAGAAUCACUGCCAGAGGUCCAACGAUGCAAGUAGAGUUUCGAAGUUCUCCAAUAGCUAUACCUCUUGGUGCUUCCGCUUUACGAAUUGAACUAGAAAUUCAAGUUGCUUAUGUUGACUCAGAUGGACUGGAUUAUGCCAAAGGUCCCCAUGGUUGCCAUUUUUUUGUCAAUGGUACUAGUAAAAGAAGUGGUGUAUUAAGAGCACCACAACAUGCACUGCCACCAAAUUCUAGUUGUACCUGGAACAUUAAAGGUUCUGCCGGAGAUAGAGUGUGGAUCUAUUUUUCUUCUUAUUCUCAAAGGGACUUGACAGACAGUAUUGAAAACAAUGCUAGCUCCCAAUCGGACGUACCCUGUGCAGUGAAAUUAAUUUUCUGGGAUGGUACUCCAACUACUGGACUUCCAAUGGCUACAUUGUGUGAUGAUACACCCAAGUUAUGUGCACAUGCAGCUCUAAGGAAUAUUACCAGAAGUACAAGACCAUGUACAGCCGAAGAAAGCUACAUUACUGUAGCACCAUCAUUGACAUUGCACAUGGAAGCUCUGUUGGGCACUGCUCUUCACACUGUUAAUUUUAAUGCACAGUAUGAAUUCAUUUCAACUGUACAAGUUGGUGAACCAUGGGGAGAUGGAGUUUGCAGCAGGGUCUGGCGCAAAGUUCGAAGCGGUGAAGUAACGUCACCGCGCGAUGUUCGUCUCUUCGGAAGGGGAGGAUCCGCGAAGUUGGAUUGCAGAUAUCGAAUCGAAGCCGGUGCAGACGAACGUGUACGGUUAACGUUACACAACGUCAGUCUGGGCGAGUCUACCGUUUGCACUAGCGAACCAGAUCCUCACACCGGCCGACCACGCUGUGUUCAGGAAGUGGGUUCCAGAGAAGCUCGUCUAGUUUUAUACGAAGCGCCUUGGCGAGACGUGAAACUUCCAAGAGCUUGUUUGUGUGAUAAUACGUCGCAUCUUCCUUUGACGCACAUCUCUUCGAGUAGAGCUUUAGAAAUUACUUUCUUAGUCGAUCAGCAAGCUCCACACGAAGAUUUCGAAACGCUCUUUUUUUACGCCAGUUUCGAACUUGUUCGUGCGCCUGAAUGUCCCAGGAAACAAAGAGUACGUGGCGAAGGUGGUGAAUUACGAUUCGUGGCUCCUCCGCUAUCGAGACCAGACAUUUACUGUGAAGGACUCCCAUGGUUGGUGGAAGCCCGCGAGAAUAGAUCUUUAUUCGUUUUAACUUGGGGUUGGUUUCUUCCUCUUGAACCUCCUCCAGUAUCAGAAAUGAAUGAACAAGCAAAAUGUCCGACUACAAACAGAAUUCUUCUGUACUCCGGUUGGCCACCAAAGCUUCUAAAGGUGGUGUGUCCUGCGGAACCAGGCGCCAGAGAAUUUACGGUCCACGUUUUCUCUGAGGAAUGGUUGGGAGGAACUGAUGAAGCUAAGUGGCCAGGACCUCCAAGACCACCUGCGCUUCUCUUAGAUUUCGUCGCGAGGGAGUCUGGUCAAGCGGCAGCCUCCUGGCUCGAAAUUUCGAAAAGCAGAGCCGCUCUACGCAGACAGUUACGCUUGCCUGAAAGGGGUACAGAGAACGAAACCUCUGCUCAUGGGGACUGCCCUCAUAAAUGUCCCGAAUUGAGCGCUUGCAUUGCUGCGAGUCUCUGGUGCGACGGAAGACCUCACUGUCCAUCUGGACACGACGAAGCAAACUGUGGCAACGGUGCAAAAUUACUAGGGCUACUUCCUUCAGAGAUGUGGCUUGUCCUAGCAGGGGUUGCUGGAAUUAUUACCGCUUUCGCGUGCUUCUUUGCGGUGCUUAUCAGCAGGUCUAAAGCACAUACAAAGAGACUUCAUUACAAGGGUACAAAGAAAAGCAAUAGACCAAGACGAGCACCAACAGAAGAAACAUUACUCGGAGUAGCAUCCUGACAACAGCAACCCGGCUUCGUGGAAUACAUCCACGUAGACCGGGAGACAACUGUUUAGCAAUAUUCUCUGUGCUUUACCGUCCACUAACUUAGCAUUAUCCCCAGUUUGGCCUGGAACGCUUGAACUGAAAAGUUGUGCCACGAGUGUGACUGGAUAUUGAAAAGUAAAGAGGAUUAAAGAAGUGUCAAGAUUUUGGAAAGUCGUUCAGCUGUAAAGGAUCUGAAAUUGUGAGAUAAUUUGCAUACAUUUCCAUGUACAUAUUGUGUACUGCACACAAAUUCAGUGUACAUACCAUGAUACGUUUAAUAUAUUUUAAAUUCUGAUAUUUGAGUAUGAAAAACCAUUAGGAACUUGUUAAAUGAAUUAAAACAUAGGAAAUGUCUGUUACAUAUAUUUCAUUGAUCUAUCUGUGAUCCUUGUUUGUUCAUUCUAUUGUAAAUAACGUGGCAAAUUCUCGUUUCUUUUAGGGUGUAUUACUUUGAACGUCAAGUUGAGGAUAUUUUUCAUGCAGACCAUUGUAGCUCAAAUAUAACUAGCGAACAAAUAUUAAAAUCUUCACAGAGGAAGAUAUAUUCUAAACCAUUCUAAUCCGAAUACACGAUUCAGAGUUUUAAGGAGGUACGUUUUCUGAAGAGCAAAGUAUACAUCUAUUAGAGUCUACUUUAGUAACAAAUUUACUCAAGGAAGAGAAGAAUUGAAAUAUUAUACAUAUACGUAUACUGGAGAGUUGUACACCAUGAAAAGUGUAAACUGUGCUUUUCAAGAUGUACAUCUUUUUUGAAAUUCCCUUUAUUCAUAGGAUAUACAGGGUGUCUGUACCAACUUGUAAUAGUCUCAUAAAUUCUUUACGUAUUGAAGGUACAAGAAAAUUAUUUAUGUGAAAGAUGCAAGAUACAUUGAUUAACAUCCAAGGUUCUUCAGGAAUUUAGGGAUUUGAAAAUUUCGUAGUUUAGAGAAUUUUUAACUUUUCACACAUAAAUAAUUUAUUUGUAUCUUCCAUAUACAAAGAAAUGAUGGGACAGCAAAAAUUAACGUGGACACCCUGUGUACAGAUAUUUAAGACUUGUAACUUGAAAUGUAUAUCCGUUUAAGGUUUGUAGGAACACGAACAUUGAUCUGCGCUAUGGAGAUUUAAGAUAGAGUGCAGAAUUGAUUGCCUUUUACGAUAUAAGUGUGACACGAUGUCACUUGUAAUCUUGUUUAGGAAUUAACAAGGAACUUCAUCGAUUAUUUCGAUACAUUUCAAACGUAGAGAUAGUUGCCAAAGCAAACCGUAGACAAAAUUGAUAAUUUACGAAUU